AUGCCGCGUCCAAAGUCCGUCCGCGCGCCCACCACCGCCAGUCUCCCAAGCAACUUACGUAUCCCUUCAACCACUCCUUCGCUGGUAAAGCAGCUAGGAAAACUGCCCCGCCAAUCGCUGCUAGACCUCGUCUUCCAAUGGCUUGACGACCGUAACGUCGAUAAUUUCCCUCCGUUCUUGGAAGCAGACGAGGCCAAAAACCCAGACGAUGAAGGACUACGGCCGUACCCGGCUGAGCGCACCCUCAACGACGUCCGCAACGCCUACCAAGAGCUUCAAUUUCGGAAAGGCGGAAAACGGGAAGUCAUUGACCGCAUACUGGAUGGAGACUGGAGACACGGAAUUACGCUGCGACAGAUUGCAAUGAUCGAUCUUCGAUACCUGGAUGACCACCCGGCAAGUUUGCGAUGGACGGCGCUGGAGCUUACGCGCAUCGGCAUCUCAAGCACAGAAGCUGAAGAGAGCAAUCUAGCCGACAUCUCAGCGUGCAUUCCGCGAGUUCAUGCCUCAAAUUUCCUCAAUAAGCUUCAAGAACAGAUUUCACCGCUAGUCAAAGCGCACUUCUACCUUGCCCGCUCUACAACACACCCGCUCACUUUCCUCCGCAUCUUCGUCACGCACUCCCCGUACCAGAACCCACGCCAGGCUCCGGACAAUCUUGUUGACUCAUCGCGGGUCAUGUACGUCGCGUUUCCAGACAGCUGCCCUUAUGUCUAUACCUCUCUCGCUUCUACAACGGGCUCAAAACCAACCCCUGGCGCCGCGAUCGCAACGGACCCCCGAAGUCUCCAGCGCAUCGUGCGCGAUGCCGUUCCGAAAGCUCUAUCGCUUCCCCACCAACGCUAUGUUUUCAAAUCCACAUCUCUCACAGCAAAGAACCUUCAGGCUCUCCUUUCGCUCCGGGGACCGGGCCGUUCCAACAAAGCCAGUGGCGCUUUCAGCAUCUUCGCUGACGCUGUAUUGGAGGGAAGUCCGCUAGACCCACGUCCAUCCAACACUGUAUUACCAGAAGAACACCAAAAGCAAACAGCAUGCUCCCAGCUCGGUCACGGGAAAGAAAACAAGUUCACAGACACCAACAACGACAACGACAGCGACAAGAAAACUGAGGCACUAAGUUCUCAGCCUCAGAUCCUUUCCCGCCGAACCCGAGAUCCAGAAACAGACCAACGCACAUCCAAGAAACGCAAACUCACUGUGCAAUCCCGCUUCGGGACAUCCGGGACCACUCUAUCCUCUGCGCCUCUCGACCGUCUCGACGCCCGCCUUCUUGAUCCACCAAGCGGUACCCAAGAUGCGGUGGAGGAACGGACCGAUUCUGCCGGCCCUACGCUGUCACUCACGUUCACCGGAACGGACGUCAUAUCGGGUAUCCGCAAGCUAGCGGAACUUGGCAUUGUGGACGCCGAGCGCAUGCCAUCUUGGAUGACGGGAGAAGAAGGCGUCAGUAUGGCUGUGGUGAGGAACGGACGGGUGGUCAAUGAUGAUGGAUGA